AUGAAUCCGAACGCUCCUGCUCCUCCUGAGCAGCAACCCAACGGGACCAACAAUGCCCCACCUCCAGGCAGAGACGAGGCAUGGAUCACGGAUUUGGUUGAUCAACUUCUCCCCAAAUUCCAGGGACAAGCAACGGGUUCAGAUGUGCGAAUGCAGACCGACACUCAAGGCAAGCCAGACUCAAGGCGCAGAAGAUCAGGCGGCAUCACACGCUGA